UCCCUCCAGCGUUGCUGUCGGUCUUUGAUCCAGUGCAGACUCCUCAUGCGCACUCCCAGCUGCCCGACUGUGUCCAUUCAGUGUCUGUGUUGCUCUCUUCCUCUCCCCAUUGAUCUGGACUGCGCAUGUGCCUGCCCAAACUUCCGGCUUCAAUGUGUUCGGGAGCCGGACUUCUGCAGCCGGGAGCGAGCGGGGCUGAGCCAGUACAAGAAGUGUUACUGUGAAAUGACCAUCAGGAUGAACCUUUUCUUGUCUCUGCAACUAUCAUCAAUAUUUCUACUUCUUUUUCUUGAUGGACAAAUUUGUGUGGAAAUUGUUGGGGGGAGAGAGGCAAAACCCCAUUCGCGACCUUACAUGGUAUAUAUAAAACAGAGAAUGAGUUUCUGUGGAGGAAUGCUGGUUACCCCAGACUGGGUCUUAACUGCAGCACACUGUAACAUUAAUUAUACAGCAAAAAUUAUACUUGGUGCCCAUUCGAUUUCUGGUGUAGAAAAGGAAAAACAGUUUCGAAAAAUCAGAAAAGUGAUUACACAUGAGCGUUAUAAGAAAGGAUCACUCAACUAUGAUGUUGCGCUUCUGAAGUUAUCUGACAAAGCAGAUAUUACAUAUGCAGUGAAAGCUCUGCCAUUGCCUGAGAGAUGUGAUGAGCCAGUGAAAGGAACCAUUUGUGAAGUCGCUGGAUGGGGUGUCACAGAUAACAAAAAACCAUCAGAUAAACUCAGGGAGGCAAAUGUUACCAUAAUGGACAGAACAGCCUGCAAAAAGUAUUGGCAAGGACAAAUAACUGAAAACAUGAUUUGUACCAGUGAAAAAAGCAAAACAGAAACCUGUGCGGGAGACUCUGGUGGACCACUGAUCUGCAACGGAGUGCUGAGGGGUAUUGUAUCUUUUGGCGAGGAGAACUGUGGUGUUCUUGGAAAUGUGGCGGUCUAUACUAACUUAAAUAGCAAAAUAUUGUGCUGGAUAAAAAAACACCUGAGUGGCUUUCCUUAA